AUGUCCCACCACCUGUUCUUACUCUCGCCGUCGGAUACUCCGCUGUAUAAUUUGACUCACUAUUCAUCCAAACCAGCACAGCCGACUUCGACAUCGCCUCUCGCGUCUAAUCUACCCAGCUGGUCGACCUCUGCGUUUGCCGGGACGCUGACAGCCUUGUCUGGUGCAACGAGUGCAACGCAGGCCCACCAUGUUCAAGGUGGAACAGUCCGCAUAGGCGGUGGCCAGGAUAGGCACGUCAUACAAAUGAUUGCAAACGCUAGUUUGGAUGUGAUCGAAGAGGUGGUUCGGAAGGAGAGCAUCAUGUACUUGAAAUCCGUAGACAAGUUUAAUGAAUGGACUGUGUCUGCGUUCGUGACGCCGGGAAAUAUGAAGUUCGUGUUGCUGCACGAAGCACGCAACGACGACGGGAUCAAGACGUUCUUCAAUGAGGUUUGGGAGUUGUACGUCAAGACGAUGCUCAACCCGUUCCACACCGCGCACACCCCUAUCCGAAGUCCCGUGUUCGACGCAAGGGUUAGAGCAAGCGCGAAGAAGUAUUUGUGA